AUGCCGAGAACACCUCCCGAAAAGGGACGACCUUUCUCCGCCGGCUAUGUCCAGCGGUGCGUGGAACCCGUCAAAGGUCAGCUCAUGCCAGAAAAGAUCUUGGCCAUCCGGCCGCCCAAGGCGCCCCCACCACGCCCCAGCAGGUGUGGCGACGCAGACGUUCUCCCCCCCUCACACCUCAGCAUCUCCAAGAUCCGCCCCGCUCCCAUCGUCUCGUCCCCUCAGCCAGAGGAGGGGCUCCCCGCAGGGGGAUCGCGUCACCGUGCGCUCCGAGCAGGACAGGCAAUCACCGGUCGCGUCGGAUUCUGGUGGGUCAAUCCUACACAUCGACCUUCUCGCUGGAGGGGGAAGAAUGGGCCGCACGCGGGGGAUUCGAGGGCCACCCCAGGUUGGCAAGCGCUCGCAAUUCCGCUGUGUAGAAUGUUCGACCCAUAA